AGUUGCGCUCUCUCUCUCUCUCUCUCACUCACUCACAAUUAUGAAUUAUCCUCUCUGAUUAUAAUACAUUAUCCACUAAUCUCCUUGUUUUUGGUCUCUAAUUGAAACAGGGUGUGAUUCUUCUUAUCCUGUCUGAGUUUUUGUUUUUUUUAUUUUUUUUUUAUUUUUAUUUUUCCUUAUCCUACCUACCCUAUUUAUUAAUUUUGAAUGGAAUCCAAGUCAGGCAAUGAAUGGCUGGAAAGCUCAACCAGUCUUCUUCUGCUGCACCCGUCUGUGUGGUGGACUGUGUAGUGAAGGAAAGAGAAUUUUGAACAUUGAAGAACAAGUAUUGAAGUGGUAGACAUUAUGGAUUGGAAUUUGAGGUCACCUUCUUGGGAUUUAACUGGAUUUGAACAAGAAAUUAGUCCUAACAUCAGUCCAAUUAGUGGGUCAAGCUCAAGCAGCUAUGGAGGUCAGGGGAACAAGGGGGAAUUUUCAUUUGAUUUGAAGCUUGGUCAUGUGCGUAAUGCAGGCAAUGAGUCCGAGGACAGUUUACAGGUACCAAGUGUUCCAAAAAUGCAGUUUUUGUCUCCGGUCUCAUCGAAGAGGGCACGGGUAGUUAAUAAUGGAAUUCAGGCAGCAUUGUGCUGCAUCGACGGAUGCAAUGCUGACCUUAGUAACUGCAGAGAUUACCAUCGGCGCCAUAAGGUCUGUGAGAUGCACUCCAAAACUGCAGAGGUUUCAAUUGGUGGCCACAAGAAACGGUUCUGCCAGCAAUGCAGCAGGUUCCAUUCACUAGAAGAAUUUGAUGAUGGCAAGCGAAGCUGCAGGAAGCGUCUUGAUGGACACAACCGUCGACGAAGAAAGCCUCAGCCUGAGCACUUGUCACAUUCAGGGAGCUUUCUGUCUAAUUACCAAGGUGCUAGAUUGUUUCCUUUUUCCAGUCCAGAAGCAUAUCCAAACACACCUUUGGCGAGUCCCAUCUGGGCUGGAAUUGUCGAAACCAAGCAGGAUGCUAAGCUUUAUAAACAGAACAAACAGAACCCAUAUCCCGGAUCCUCCUCUGGCAGCUACAGACAAGAAGGGAAGGAAUUCAGUUUCCUUCACAGCACUGCUCUUGUUCUCAGCAACCAAACAGCUACACAAGCCUCAACCUGCCAGCCAAAUCAUAAAACCGUUGCUUCAUCAGAAAGUGGUGGGAAUAUCUGCCAAAUGUUCUGUGAUGGUUUAUCAACUCAAGCCCUCAGCUCCAAUUGUGCUCUCUCUCUUCUGUCAUCGUCGCCAUUGCAAACAUCUGAGAUUGGUUUGAGCCACAUGGUACCGACCACUUCAAUUCCAGCAGCAUAUCCCUUAGGACCAAGCCUGCAAAAUAGUAGUCUGGAGAGUAUGGAUUUGCUUCUGGUUCCUAAUGACAGUGACACUGAUGUCCAUUGCCAGGGACUGUUUCAGAUGGCGCGUGAUUUGUCCUCUGAGAAUGAAGCCUCGCAAACUCUUCACUUCUACUGGGAAUAGUAAAGCUAGUCCUACUUGUUCUCUUUGUUGCAAAGUGAUUUGGGCUUUUGUUUUUGAAGACUUGGAAGGAAGUCAUCUCUUUCAUGAAUAAAAAACUGGUUUGUUUUGGUUUAUUCUUUCAUAUAUGGACAUAUUGUCUUGAAGUUUUUAGAAGUAUGUAAAUCAAACACCACAUUUUUACAACAGGAGGCGAUGUGGGUCCCACAACGCCUUGUGAGAGAAGCGGUGAAAAAUGUGGUGUCUCUCUCUUUUUCCUUAAUUAAAUUGUCAUUAAGUAGGUAUUGGUUGAGGUCAGUAUGUAGCUAAGUCCGUCUGUCAGCAUGAUUAUUGUCCUUCUCUGCUCCUAUUACUGCCAAAUUUUGAAGA